AAUGUUCGGCAGUUAACCGUUACAAGUUGCAGAGCUAAGGCAGACGGUUGUCAGCAGCCUAUUCAACUGUAUAACAAAACAUUUUUUAACCUUAACUACAGGUCUUACUUUAAAUAAUCAUUAGGCGCGAGUGCAUCUCUAUCCACGUUGGUCAGGCUGGUGUGCAGAUCGGUAAUGCGAGCUGUACUGCUUGCAGCAUGGGAUCCAGCCUGAUGGGCAGAUGCCCAGCGACAAAACCAAAGGUGGAGGGGAUGACUCCUUCAACAUCUUCUUCAGCGAGACAGGAGUGGGAAAACAUGUCCCUGGUGCAGUUUUUGUGGACCUCGAACCAACUGUAGUUGAUGAGGUCCGCACCGGGACAUACCGUCAGCUGUUCCACCCUGAGCAGCUCAUCACUGGUAAGGAGGAUGCCGCCAACAACUACGCUCGAGGCCACUACACCAUUGGCAAGGAUAUCGUGGAUUUGGUGCUGGACAGAGUUCGCAAGCUGGUAUCUUCACAGCACCAGUGAGAGUGGUCUACUACUUCAGAUUCACUGCCAGGGAUUACAGAUCUCCACAAUGGAUGGGUGUUUUUAUUUUAUUUUACCUUUAUUUAACUAGGCAAGUCAGUUAAGAACAAAUUAUUAUUUUACAAUGACGGCCUACCCCGGCCAAACCCUCCCCUAACUCGGACGGUGCUGGGCCAGUUGUGCGCCGCCCUUUGAGACUCCCGAUCACGGCCAGUUGUGAUACAGCAUGGGAUUGAACCAGGGUCUGUAGUGACGCCUCUAGCACUGAGGUGCAGUGCCUUAGACAGCUGUGCCACUCAGGAGCCCUUUUUUUACUCUUUACCUAUACGUCACUAGCCAGAGACUUAUGUGGAAUAGCGAACACAACAAUGGUAGUGAAAGUGAUUUAUGCACAUCUUUUGCAAUGUCUCUAGAGCUGGAGGAAGGUAAUGUGGUCUACUGAUAAGAGAAUUAUCUAAUAAAGGUAAAUGAAUCAAUAAACCAUGAUGAAUUAUUAGUCAUACAGCAUGGUUAAUGAAUAAUCAAUGUAAUGAUCAAUGUAGGGAUCGAUUAUUCUGAUUAGUUCCGGAAAGUCCAGGAACCACUG